UUGCCACGUCUAUUGGCUCGGCAAGUUUGGCAUAGCAGGCAGAAAGCAAUCAAUAAAUAGCACGCAUUUACUGGGGGGUUAACAUAGGCAGGGAUUGAUACAGGACACACCCGUAAUAUCCUCCACCGGUCUAGGCACUUUCUGUAUCUAUAUAUACGUAAGCACGUCCUGAUUCUUGUUGCAUUUCUCGUCCUGAUUUGCGUCCUGCAGCUCUCUCUCAUCACAGUUUCGCAAUGGCCAAAAAAACAAUACUGCAGGUGGUUUGCGCGGUGGCGCUGGUGGCGCUGUGCGCGUGCGGCGUCGCGGCGUCACCGUCGUCGCCGGCGGGAGCGGGGUGCCGGAAGCACGUCGCGAGGAUCACGGAGUACGGCGGCGUCGGGGACGGGAGGAGGUCCAACACGGCGGCGUUCGCCAAGGCGGUGGCGGACCUGUCGCUGCGCGCCGGCGACGGCGGCGCGGCGCUGGUGGUGCCGAAGGGGAAGUGGCUGACGGGGCCCUUCAACCUCACCAGCCACUUCACCCUCUUCCUCGACCACGGCGCCGAGAUCCUCGCGUCUCAGAACUUGGAAGAUUGGCCUCUGAUAGCUCCUCUGCCAUCCUACGGAAGAGGAAGGGACGAACCAGGCCCAAGAUACAGCAAUUUCAUUGCUGGAUCCAAUCUCACAGAUGUCAUCAUCACUGGUAGGAAUGGAACGAUCAACGGCCAGGGCCAAGUCUGGUGGGACAAGUUCCACGCCAAGGAACUCACCUACACUCGCGGUUACCUGCUCGAGCUCCUCUACUCUAACAAUAUCAUCAUCUCUAAUGUCACCUUCGUCGACUCGCCGUCAUGGAAUCUCCAUCCCACCUACUGCACCAAUGUGACCAUCAGCGGCAUCACCAUUCUAGCACCUCUCAACUCGCCCAACACCGAUGGAAUCGACCCAGAUUCUUCCUCCCAUGUCAAGAUCGAGGACAGCUACAUCGUGUCCGGCGACGACUGCAUCGCCGUGAAGAGCGGCUGGGACCAGUACGGCAUCAAGUUCAACAUGCCGAGCCAGCACAUCCUCAUCAGGAGGCUCACCUGCAUCUCCCCGACGAGCGCCAUGAUCGCGCUCGGCAGCGAGAUGUCCGGCGGCAUCCGCGACGUGCGCGCCGUGGACAACGUCGCCAUCGACACCGAGUCGGCCGUCAGGAUCAAGUCCGGCGUGGGGCGCGGCGGCUACGUCAAGGACGUGUUCGUCCGCGGCCUCAGCCUCCACACCAUGAAGUGGGUGUUCUGGAUGACCGGCAACUACGGCCAGCACCCGGACAACUCCUCCGACCCCAACGCUCUGCCGGAGGUCACCGGCAUCAACUACAGCGACGUGUUCGCGGAGAACGUCACCAUGGCCGGCAGGAUGGAGGGGAUUCCCAACGACCCCUACACUGGCAUCUGCAUGUCCAACGUCACCGCGCAGCUCGCGCCGGACGCCAAGAAGCUGCAAUGGAACUGCACCGAUGUCAAGGGUGUCGCCUCCGACGUCUCGCCGGUGCCGUGCCCGGAGCUCGGGGCGGCGGGCAAGCCAUGCGCCUUCCCUGAAGAAGAGCUCGUCAUCGGUCCGCCUGAAUUGCCAACGUGUAGCUACUGAAAUACUGAUAUAGGAUGAUAGUAUGGUGUGGGUAAUGGCCUGGGCUAUGAGAUGCUUGGGACCAAAGAGAUAUAUAUGAUGUGGUUUAGUGAGUAAAGUUAAGCAGUUUGAAAAUGCUGCCGGAUAAUCUCUUUACACCCAAUUCAUUUAUGAGUGCUCAUCUGCGAA